AUGUCAUCACCAGACAAUAACAGCACAGCAUUGCUGCAGCGUAUCAAGGCUCUUGAUCCAGUCAUUGAAUCAAUUGGCAAGGUCGCUGGCGCUCCUGGCAUCUCCGUGUCAGUGAUUCACAAUGGCAAGCGAAUUCAUCAAGCAAACUUUGGUUUUGCGAACGUUGAAGCAAAGAAGCCUGUGACUGGACAAACCCAGUUUCCAAUUGGAACUAUGGCCAAGACAUUUACGGCUUCUGCCAUCAGUGCACUCGUGGCCGAGGGAAAGCUGAAGUGGAAUACACCGAUAAAAACUAUAAUCCCAGAGCUAAAGACAGCUUCCAGCGUCAUCACAGACAACCUGACCAUUGUCGAUCUGCUGAGCCACCGAUCAGGUCUGGGCCGCUCCAACUUUUGGUGGCAAGGCGCCGAGGCAAAAUUGCUUCUGGAAAAGGACCAGUUUCUUACCUACUACAACGCGUUGCCCGUCACUAGUCAGUUCCGCACCGACUGGGCCUAUAGCAACUGGGGCUAUGCGCUGGCCGGUGAGGUGAUUGAGCGACUGAGUGGCAUGUCCUAUGGCGAGUACUUGAAGAAGGCAGUCUACGAGCCUCUCCAGUUACAGCAUACCACUGCCCAACCUAUAGACCCGUCUCACGGCGCCAACGUUGCUAAGCCAUACGCUGCACUGGACGAUGCAUCGCUUCACUUGAUGCCACAGCCUCCCAUCAACGAUACGACAGUCAUGGCGGCUGCCCUUGGUGGUGUAAGCAGCGCGGAUGAUCUGACGGCGUAUAGCAUUGCUCUUUUACAAAGCUUCCGUGACGAGGCCGGUCUACAGAAGAGCGAGUCGCCCAGUGCUAUCCACCACGGCCUACAGCAGUUGUCUGGGCAUAUCUUUACGGCGAAAGCGCUACUGGAAAAGUCGUACGCAAUGGGAUGGUACCGCACACAGCUUCCGAAUACUGUGCUUGGAAUGGGCUGGAACAGUCUCUAUGUCAAGAAGAUGCCGACUAUUGUCCCACGAACACACGCAGGACCGCUGGUUGCACACGGCGGCAGUCUGCCCGGGUACCAUGUCUCCAUGGCUCUACUUCCAGAAAGCAAUAGCGGUGUCGUCAUUUGCACUAACUCGAUUGCACUGGGCGAUGUGUCUGGCUGGGUCAGCAUGGCGGUGAUUGAAGCGCUUGUUGAUACCCCGGAGCCGUCCGACUAUCUAACAUUGGCUAAAGAGGCUGCUGCCAACGCAUCGCUGAAUGUGAAACGGCUACAGCAGAAGCUUGACGCAGAACGGACCGUGGAUACGACGACUCGGAGCGCAGACGAAUAUGUUGGGCGGUACAAGGAUUCAAAACGUGACUGGUAUAUCGAAGUCAGAAAAUGUGGCGAAAAGUCUUCGUCUGGAUUAGAAGUCGCCUUUCAAGGGCUUGAUAGCCAGGCGUGGUCUCUGUCUCAUUACCAGCAUGAUACGUUUCUUUGGCUUGCUUCACGCGAAGAGCAGGCGAAACGCGGGCGCAUGGUGACCUAUCCGUUGGUGGCGGAUCAUUUCAAGCUAACAUUUGAGGCUGGUCCUGGAAGUGAUGGCAAGAUUGACCGAUUGUUAUGGAAGAACGAAGCGGGAGCGUCUCUGGAAGAGCAGUAUUUUAUAAAGCAGCAAUCCUGA